UUAUCACUACACACAAGUCCGUUAUCAUUAACCUACAAAGGUAUCAUAUAGGACACUCUCAGAUAAUAGUACUCGUAGAUUUUUCUCAUUCACAAUUUAAAACUACUAACUGAACAAAAUGCCGAGUUACAAAUUGUAUUAUUUCCCUGCUCGUGGUAGGGCUGAGCUAAUUCGAUUGCUGUUAGCAGCAGCAGGGCAGGAUUAUGAUGAUAUAAAGAUUACAUUUGAAGAAUGGCCAAAGAAGAAAGCAACUUUUCAAACUGGACAAUUGCCAACUUUUGAUGUUGAUGGUCAACUUUUAUGUCAGAGUUUGGCGAUUGCAAGAUACGUGGCCAGAGAGUAUGGAUAUGCAGGAAAAAACAACAUGGAGCAAGCAUUGGUUGACCAGGUGGUUGAUACAGCGAACGAUUACUUAGGAGAAUACUUCAAGUGUUAUUUUGCACCGGAAGACACAAAAAAGGAGAUGCUUGAAAAAUAUUUGAAAGAAUCUACACCUAAAACAUUGACAUGUCUCAAUAAAUGGCUCGAACAAAAUAAUGGUGGAGAUGCCUUCUUCGUUGGUUCGUCGAUGACCAUGGCAGACCUGUGUGUAUAUGAAGUUUUAACAAAUGCAGUUCAAAAAGACUCAAAAAUAAUGGACGGAUUUCCAAAACUUGUUGAACAUAGAAAAAGAGUAGCAUCUUUGCCAAAAAUUAAGGAGUAUCUCGACAAACGUCCGGUAUUAGAUGUCUAAUGUAAUAACAUUGUGUAAUGUUUUGAAUUCUUACAAUAAAACUGACAGGAAACCGAA